AGUGCACCCUGGCCUCGGGUGGAGAGACCAAGCGUAAUCUUCUACCGUUAUCUCAAAAAAUGGGAGGGCGCAGCUGCUUGAACCUCCUCCCUUGCUCGACCUCCACACCCUGCAGAGCCAGCGCGGCCGCUUCGUCAUGCCGCUACUUCGUCCACCACCACCGCACCAGAGCGCGCGUGCAGGCCUCCACCGGGAGGAGAGGCGCGGCCAAGGUCUCCUGCUCCGCUGCCUCCGGGCAGGCGCCGCCGUCGCAGAGCACAAUCAAGGUGGUCAUCGUCGGCGCCACAAAGGAGAUCGGAAGGGCGGCGAUCGCGGCGGUGAGCAUGGCGAGGGGGAUGGAGCUCGCGGGCGCCAUUGAUACCCAGUGCAUUGGGCAAGAUGCAGGAGAGAUAAGUGGCAUGGAAGAACCCUUGGAGAUCCCCGUGCUCAAUGAUCUCACCAUGGUUCUGGGAUCCAUAGCACAGGUACUAGUUUGCAUCUUCACUGUGAAAUGUAGGUUUGUCGUAUGUAUGAUUCUUUCCGGGAGAGCGUUAACGCGCGCUGACCGCAAAUUCUGCUCUUUUCAGUCAAGAGGAACUGGCGUGGUUGUCGAUUUCAGUGAACCUUCUCUUGUCUACGACAAUGUCAAGCAGGCAGCAGCAUUUGGCUUAAGCAGCAUCGUAUACGUUCCAAAAAUUGAGAUGGAUACAGUGACUGAACUGUCAGCAUUCUGUGAGAAAGCAAGCAUGGGUUGCUUGGUCGCUCCGACGCUAUCAAUAGGCUCGGUACUCCUUCAACAAGCUGCAAUCCAAGCAUCAUUCCACUACAACAAUGUCGAGAUUGUGGAAUCAAGACCUAACCCAUCGGACUUGCCAUCGCAAGAUGCAAUACAGAUUGCAAACAACAUAUCUGAUCUUGGUCAGAUAUACAACAGGGAAGAUAUGGACUCUGAUAAUCCAUCAAGAGGUCAGGUACUCGGAGAAGAUGGAGUACGUGUGCACAGCAUGGUUCUUCCGGGGAUUGCUUCAAGCACAUCCGUCAUUUUGUCAGGUCCUGGAGAGAUUUACACCUUGAAGCAUGAUGUUACAAAUGUUCGGUGUCUUAUGCCAGGACUAAUUCUGGCAAUACGGAAAGUGAUUCGGUUGAAGAACUUGAUCUAUGGUCUGGAGAAGUUCUUGUAGGAAAUGACGGACUUGCACAUGAAGAGAACCACAGUUUUUGACAUUCCAGCUGUUCAUGAUAAGAGAUAAAUGAGAUCAAAUCAAUUCUUUGGCUCAUAAUCAGAAGCAGCGCCAGUGGCAAGGCGAGAACCCUAUGAACGGGAUGCAGAGUUUUGAGAAGAAUCGCUCAGCAAACAUAAGAUGACACUUCUGAUAGCGCUCCAGGGAAAAACGCAAGCUGUUGACAUGCUCUCAGGGGUUACCUGAUGGCUUGCUCUAGCUGUUGACAUGCUCUAAGGGGUUUACUUGAUGGCUCGCUAUAGUUGUCGAGUUUUUUUUUUCAGAAACACUCUUAAAGAAAAAUUAUACGUGUACGCACUAGGGUGUGGAUCCUUGCUAGUGUAUCCUUUUUUCAA